UGCAAGACAUUGUCACGCUAUUGGCGAGGCCUCGAGUUCGAACCCUACGGUUUUGCGUUUUGAGUCCUUUUCCUUUCCAUUUUCAUCUUCUCGUCUGCUUCAUCGUCAUCAUCAAGCUUCAAGCCAUGGACGAUCAAGUAGAUCCAUCUUCUCCUUCUCGCACAAAGCUUAAGUUCAAGCCUAAACUUCCGCGUAGACAGAGAAGACCCUCCGUCCCCAAAACUGAAGAGAUCAAUGAUGACAGGAGGAGAAACGAGGAUGAAGAAGCUGCCCAGGCUCAGAUGCUCAUCCACAAAUUCAAUGAAAAUCUCAGAAGACAAGUCCCUAAAGAAAAGAAACCUCAAGUGCAAGUUGCUUUCGGGCCAGGUGCCCCGUCACCACCUCUUUUGAUAAGGAAAUAUAAUGUUCCUGUGCAUGAGAACACUGGUAGCAGCUGGUCAGGGACAGAAGACACCAGGGAUGAUGAUGGGAAAAUUUUUGUGCCUCCUUCAGCUGCCAGAGUAGAUGGGGCUGUCAAUCCGUUAUCCCUGAAAGGGAAGAGACGAUAUAAAGAACCUUGGGAUUACCACCAUAUCUAUUAUCCAAAUACUCUUCCUUUGAGGCCGCCUUACUCUGGUGACCCUAAGCUUCUUGACGAGGCUGAGUUUGGGGAGGAAGCAAGGAACUUGGAGUAUGAUGAGACUACUAUUAAUCCUGCUUCUGAUCUUGGGCUGUUGGAGGAGUGUGACAAUGAAAGGUUAUUUUUCUUCCAAGUUCCUGAGAAGCUGCCCUUCUUGAAGCGAUCAGCAAGUGCAAAAGGAAAAGAGAAAGCUGAUAUGUCAAUGCCAUCAGAAAGCAAGAGUGCUGCUAGGAAGACCAGUUUUGAAGAAUUGCCAAAGGGAUAUAUGGGCAAAAUGCUGGUUUACAGGAGUGGAGCGAUCAAGCUUAAGCUUGGCGAUGCACUAUAUGAUGUUUCACCAGGCUCAGAGUGUACAUUUGCUCAAGAUGUUAUGGCGAUCAACACUGCAGGUAAAGAUUGCUGCGCUAUUGGAGAGCUUGGGAAACGUGCUGUUGUAACUCCUGAUAUUGAAUUUAACUUGAACUCUGUGAUCAACUUGGACUAGAAUGCAAAUAAUAGACGCAUUAGCUGUAGGAAUGGUACAUACAGCACGGUAGAGAAAUAUGGCAGACCUAGCAGCAGUAUGUGUAUAAGAAGUAAGGAAUUAGGGUUAGGGUCUUUCUGACUGGGUAGCAAAUGAAUCGAUCUUGGGCGUUUGCAGGAUGUCUUUCUUGACCUUUAUGUCCUUCAUACAUUCUUAAGGUCAAUAGAAAAAAUUAUCCCUUUUGCAUAA